CGUCUCGACUGAUCUUCUCUGGAGCCUUCACCACAGCUACGGACAGUUUACAACAGCAGCCACCAUGUUGUUCUCUUCUCUUGUCGUCCUCCCUGUUCUCGCGUCCACUGUGACUGCACUCGGCUCGAACUACACUGUUCCCCCAGACUUCAACGCGGGAGCUGUUUCUCCCGACGAGAAGGGUGCGUUGCUCAGACCGCUCAUCCCAGCCGACGAGCUGCUCAAUUGGCCUGUAUACUGAUAUUGUCUAUAGCCAACUGGUGCCAAGCCGAAGCCAACACUUGUAGUGACGUCUGCGGCUCCUACUUGGUCAACAGAUGCGACCCGGUAAAGCUCUGCUCUCUGCUGUUUCUUUGUUUCUGCUCCAAGGUUGCAUGCAAGUUGCUGACGAAACGCACAGGGCACUCUCGAGUUCUCUUGCCAGUGCCAGAACGGCACUGUCCCCGAGAUUGAGCAAUACAAGAACUCUCUUCCUUGGUUCAUCUGCCAGGCCACCUUCAGCCAGUGCAUCAAAGCUCACCCAGACGACGCUGAUGGCCAGCAGGUCUGCAAGGACAACCAGGAGAAGUGCGGCAAGCUGGACGCUACUCCUCCCGGUGACUCCUCUACUACCUCGGCCAGCAGCGAGCCUACCGCCUCCUCCACCGAGAGCAGUCCAUCUGCUACCACCACUGGAUCUGCUCCCACCCGCACCAAUGCUGCUCCUAUCAUGGCUGCUAAGGACUACUCCCUUGGCAUCUUCGCUACCGUUGUCUUGGGCGUCUUUGGUAUCCUGCUCUAGAGCGAGGCAUGGGUGAUAGAUAUCCUGAAACGAGAUUAAUCAUUCCCCCUCCCCCUUUUUUAUUAUUCCCAGGUUUCUUAUGUUUACUAAACCACCGACGACCCCCCUGGCCUGAGUAAUGGAUUGUUUUGCAUGUCGGAGAUGAGCAGUUUUGGGCAGUUCUUGCAGGAACUUCUGGCGAUUCGACCGAUUAUUGGCAUGGUUGGCACACCCUUGCUAAUCGGCAGCUUCAUUUCGCGCCGAACCUCCAGGGUCGCUGCUAGUCCGAACUCCUCAUUCCCCACUCUGCUUUCUUGCUGUUUUCCCUGUCCUUUUCUUUUCCCUUGUCCUCCAGCGUCGAGCAGGCAACUCUGCCACGAUGAUGUACCUACGUGUGAAUGUGAAUGAUACCGAUGUCUAUCCCAGUUAUUAUAUUUCACCGUCAGAACAUAUAUAAAUAAACUUUGCAAAAAUGGCGGGAAAAGGGGAAUAAAAAAGCAAAUA